AUGCCCUCAGCGACAUCAGAAUGGCACGAGGGCGAACUAGCCGUGCAAAAGCAACUCAAAGUCCCUAAAAGAGGAAACCCAACGUUUCCAGGUUUAGCACCCCAGUAUGGCAUGCGAGUGAUGCAGUCGCCCUUGGUAGCCCUCGGAACGCUGGAUAGCGAGGGUCGCCCAUGGGCUACAGUAUGGGGCGGAGACCGGGGCUUUGCAAGGCCAGUAGCUGAAGGCGUGCUCGCGUUCAACAGCUCAGUUGAUACUCGCCACGAUCCUGUCUUUAGAGCCCUCUGGGAUGGGAUUGACGAUGACGGGGUGAAAGAAGGCGCUAUUAACAGGCCGAAUGGAGGCGAAGGAAAAGGAAUGGCAGGAUUAUCCAUCGACCUGGAGACCAGAGAUCGCGUAAAGCUGGUAGGAAACAUGAUUGCCGGUGCCACAGUAGAGGAAGGCAAAGCAGUACAGAUGGCCAUGGCUGUAACCGAGAGUCUGGGCAACUGUCCGAAAUAUCUCAACAAAAAGGAUAUUGUACCUAAUGAGAUGGCACCAGAGCUUGUCUUGGACAAGCUGCCCUUGUCACAGGAGGCCCUAGAUCUGGUUGCAGCGGCAGACAUGUUCUUCUUGUCGAGCACAAAUGGGGUCACAAUGGACACAAAUCAUCGUGGAGGAAGUCCAGGGUUCAUGAGGAUUAUCAAGAAUGAAAAGGACGGACUGGACCUGAUAUAUCCAGAGUGUGAGUUUUACAUCCCCUUGUUCAUGAACAAAGCUAAUGAAGUAUCAGUCUCAGGCAAUAGACUAUAUCAGACACUCGGCAACUUCAGAGUGAAUCCACUGGUUGGCAUUGUUAUUCCAGAUUAUAACACAGCCAACGUUCUUUAUGCCACAGGCAGCGCAUCAAUACUUGUUGGUGAUGAGGCUUCUUCUUAUCUUGCAAGAACAAAACUUGCGGUAAAGAUCUCAAUUACUGCUGCAAAGUUCGUCAAGUCGGGACUGCCUUUCCGAGGCGCACUGGGCGAAUACUCGCCUUACAACCCUCCUGUCCGUCACUUACUCUCAGAAUACGAUGCGCAUAUUGCCGACGCCUCAUUAAAUGGUAUCACGGCAAGCUUGAUUAAGCGUGAAGUUCUUACGCCAUCCAUUGACCGAUACACCUUUGAGCUAUCUUCGACAAAGCCUAUCAAUGCAUGGCACGCAGGACAGUAUAUCACUUUGGACUUUGAGCAAGAAGUGUCGAGUGGCUACAGUCAUAUGGCCGAUCACGAUCCUCAAAGUAUCAACGAUGACUAUGUCCGAACGUUUACUGUGUCAAGCCCACCAGAGAACAAUAGAGAGGUACAAAUCACAAUGAGGAAACAUGGUCCAGUCACGAGCUUCCUGAGAAAGCACAACCUUCGUGUGCCUUUGGAGAUACCGGUAAUUGGCUUUGGCGGCGAAGAGGGCUUCCGCGUCCCUUUGGAACCGAAAGGUCCUCAAUCUGUCUUUAUCGCGGCUGGUGUAGGAAUUACGCCUGUCCUUGCACAAGCGCCAGCUGUACUUCAACACGAAGCUCCAUUUGUGCUGCUCUGGACUCUACGCUACGAGGACUUACCCCUUGCGAGUGACACGUUCUCAAGAAUUCCAGGGCUCUCAAAUGUGACUACACUGUUCGUCACUGGUCAGCCGGACAAGGAGAACUUGUUGGAGGACGCCGAGCGGGCUGGGACACGGGUAGUAAAGCGACGAAUAGGCGCUGAUGAUAUCGAGAGGUUCAAAGGCCAAAACGCCCGUUUCUUUCUGUGCACAGCACCAGCUCUGCUGACUGCCCUGGAAGGUUGGUUGCUGGGAGAGAAGGUUGUCUGGGAGGACUUUGGAUAUUGA